AUGAGUAGCCAAACUACCCCCGAGCUUGUAUCCUCACCUCCCUCAACUGGGCAGAGAUAUUUUGACCGCUGUUCAGAAGAUGACCCAGAAUAUCUGCGCAUUAGAAACAUGGCGGCUGACCUCAGGCAGGAUUUCAAUGUCAUGGAGCAAAAGAAACGAGUGACCAUGAUCCUGCAGAGCCCUUCCUUCAGGGAGGAGCUGGAAAGUCUCAUUCAGGAACAGAUGAAGAAAGGGAACAACUCAUCCAAUAUCUGGGCCCUCCGGCAAAUUGCUGACUUCAUGGCCAGCACUGCACCAUCUGUCUUCCCCACCUGUCCAGUCAGCUCAUCCAUGGUGGCACCUGUUAAUGACCUCCACUGCAAUGAGUCCAUGCCUCUGGCAAAGGGUGAGAGGUUAAUGAGAUGUAAGCUUGCCAGCAUCACAGACUCAUAGACCUGUAUGGGUGGUCUCCACUCAGGGGGACCAUUGCUUCUAUAAGAGUGAAUAAGGAACAGGACCAUUUCUUAAUUAACCCCCGAGGAGUAGCUUGUAAUGAAGUGACUGCUUCUAUCCUUGUGAAGGUGAACAUUUUGGGUGAGGUUGUAGAGGUCGGCAGCACCAGCUUUGAGGUGGAAACUAGUGACUUCAGUUUGCAUUCUGCCAUCUACUCAGCACGGCCGGAUGUAAAGUGUAUCAUCCAGCUACAUACAGCGGCUACCACUGCGGUGUCAGCAAUGAAGUGUGGCCUCCUGCCUAUCUCUCAUGAUGCUUUGCUGGCAGGGGAGGUGGUAUACUAUGACUUCAAUGGAGAUAUGGAAGAUGAGAAGGACAGAAUUGAACUACAGAAAUGUUUGGGACCAACAUGCAAGGUUCUGGUUUUGAGAAAUCACGGUGUUGUGGCAUUAGGCGAAUCUGUGGAGGAAGCUUUCUAUAAGAUUUUCCACUUGCAGGCAGCUUGUGAAAUUCAGGUAUCAGCUGUACCUAGUGCAGGAGGACCAGAGAACCUCAUCGUGCUGGACAGGGAUAAAUAUCGCCCACAUGAGGUGGGUACAGUUGGUUGGGCUGGUAGCAAGUUUGGGCCAAUGCAGAAAAGCCGACUUGGUGAACAUGAGUUUGAGGCUUUAAUGAGAAUGAUGGAUAAUUUGGGUUACCGUACAGGUUAUACUUACCGUCACCCAUUUGUGCAAGAAAAGACAAGGCACAAGAGUGACGUGGAGAUCCCAGCCACUGUAACUGCUUUCGUUUUUGAGGAGGAAGGGGUCCCUAUCUCCACAUUACGGCAGCAUGCUCAGAAGCAGCAAAAAGAGAAGACACGCUGGUUGAACACUCCCAACACCUACCUACGAGUCAAUGUGGCUGAAGACAGCAUGAGCAGCCCGAGGAGUAAGACCACGUGGAUGAAGGCAGAUGAAGUGGUGAAGCCUAGUAGCGGCAUGCCCAUCCGUAUUGAGAACCCCAACCAGUUUGUGCCACUCUUUACAGACCCACGUGAAGUCCUGGAGACCAGAAACAAGAUCCGAGAGCAAAAUCGUCAAGACGUAAAGUCUGCUGGUCCACAGUCUCAGUUAUUAGCCAGUGUGAUAACUGAUAAAAGCAGAAGUCCGUCUGCAGACAGUCAUCUAGCUACCAAAACAGAAGCAGAGCUCAAGGAGCAGCCAGUGGAAGAGGUCUUGCCUGAACCAGAGCCACCUAACCCAUUCAGCCAGCUGACAGACCAGGAGCUGGAAGAGUAUAAAAAAGAGGUUGAGAGGAAAAAACUUGCUCUUGAUGGAGAUAAGGAAGGUUUUGAGGAUGAUUCUCAACCAUCACUUGUAACACCACCCACCUCUCCUGUAAGAAGUCCCACAAAGACCACUGCUCUGGCUGUGUCUCCUUCCAAAUCAUCCGAAGAAAAAGAGAAGAAGGAGGACACACCAUUAUCAACAGGAACUACCGAGGACAAGGUCCAACCAACUGUGGUGCUAAAUGGGAAGGAAGAGGAUCAGCCUGCUCAGGAGGAAACUGUUCAGAAAGUUACAGAAACCCCCAAAGGGAAAACUGAGACGGUUCCCAAUGCCUCUCCGGAGGGAUCCCCGACUAAAUCCCCCUCCAAAAAGAAGAAGAAGUUCCGUACUCCCUCAUUUCUAAAGAAAGGAAAAAAGAAGGAAAAGGAGAAGGCUGAGUCUUGA